AUGGUGCAUUCCAAACUUAUUGGAGUUGCAAUAUUAUUGAUAUUGCUCUUUGUAGAUCUUGCUUUUGGUGCAAGAUUUUAUGGUAGAGGAGGAGGUGGCGGAGGGGGAGGUGGAGGUGGUGGUGGAGGGUCAGCAUUGGGGGUGGGGUCAGGUUAUGGAUCAGGGUAUGGCUCUGGGAAAGGCUAUGGGUAUGGUGAGACUAAUGAUGUGUUUGAGAAUGGCGGAGGCGGUGGCGGUGGUGGUGGUGGUGGUGGCGGCGGUGGUGGCAGUGGUGGUGGAAACUCAGGAAGGGGUAGUGGCUCUGGAUAUGGCUCAGGAUCAGGGUCAGGGUAUGGAUCAGGUGGAGGAAUAGGUAGGGGUGGUGGUGGCGGUGGUGGCCAAGGUGGUGGUGGUGGUGGCGGCUCAGGAAAUGGCUCAGGUUAUGGAAGUGGAAGUGGUUCUGGUUAUGGAAGUGGUGGUGGUGGUGGUGGCGGUGGUGGAGGAGGAGGUGGUGAAGGUGGCGGCAAUGGUUCGGGUUAUGGUAGUGGCUCCGGCUAUGGAUCAGGGUAUGGAGGAGGAAAUGGAGGCUAUGGAGGGGAUGAACCUUGA